UUCUCCCCGAAAACAACCAGCAUGAUCUUGCUGUCAACUCUAUUGCUACUUUUCCUGGUGACCACCUUCAAGUUCGCCCAAUCCCAACCGCCACUCGCAUCGUGCGAUGGCUUCUACGGGUGCAUCUCGUCGUUGCGCCAAUCGGACUGCGCCCCCGGCGAGGUUCUCAUCUCGGGCGCCUCGCUGGACGGUUGCUGUCCCGGGUGCCGGGGCGGUCAGGGCUACAUGCAGGUGUGCAACGUGAACGUGCCGAACCGACGAUGCGCCCCCGGGCUCAAGUGCGACCGGAAGUGCCUGUACGAUCAGACGACCUGCCUCCACACGAUCCACAUGAAGGAGGAGGAGGAGUGGGCCGGCUGGUACCCGCGGUGCAACGUGGACGGAACCUACGCCAGCCGGCAGUGCCGAGGUGAUCGACUUUCGGGGCGCUGUUUCUGCUACAGUGAAGACGGCCGCCGGUUGUUCGGCUGGGAUUGGUACAAAAACGCGGCCACCAUGACGUGUGCGUGCAGCCGGCGGCGGGCCAAACUGGAGGCUGAAGGACGCACCACGGUGACCCUGCACUGCACCCAAAAUGGUAACUUUGAGGAGUUGCAGUGCGAUUCCGGGGUGUGCUGGUGCGCGGACGAGUACGGCGGUGAUCCGCUGAUCGGAACGACGGUGGUGCACGACGGGCUGUGGAAGCUGUUGCCGUGUUACAACGCCACCCUCCACGGGGACUCGUACCUGCGGCAGUGCGAGAGUGCCGCCUUCGCCCAGAAGACGAUCCAGAAGCGGUUCGCGACCCGGGGCACCAUCGGGGUCACGUUCAACGCGGUCAGGUGCGACUACGACGGGACGUACGGGGCAUACAAAAUCGAAAACGGAGUGGUCUACUGCACCUGGCGGGACGGGAAGAAAAUCGGCUCCUUCCAGGUCCGCUCCAGUAUGGUUUCAUCGGUUAAUUGCAAUUGUGCCCGCGAUACCCAGAUCUUCCAGGAGGCCGGCAUUCCGUUUACGCUGUCCUGCGGUGGCAACGGGAACUACGAGUACCUGCAGGACCAGAACGGUCAGCUGUUCUGCGUGGACGGCGACGGGUACGUCGUUUCGACCGACGUGCGACCCACCGAGAGCUGCGACAAGUUCAUAUAUAACUCGGAAUUUUACGAUGAAGAAUAGCGUACUGUAAUAAAGUUUCUUACGAGUGUCAAA